AUGUGUUGUCACCAUUACAUUUACUUCGUUUCACAGGCCCUAGUUGUUCCUGAGAAGUUUCAACACAUUCUGCGUGUCCUCAACACCAACAUAGAUGGAAAACAAAAAAUUAUGUUUGCUCUGACCGCCAUCAAGGUCAGUAGAAAGAAUAGUUAUUUACAAUUUAUUUCGUUUACUAUUAGAAUUAUGUUAUUGGAGUGAAAACCCUCUUUCGAAAAUUUUUGGUUCUGAUUUGAAGUAAGAAAGAUGGUUUGUAUGUCAUGUUGAUGUCAAAUGUGAUGUGUGCGAGUACAGUUAAACCAACUGAGUUGCAGUGAUACACAACAGUGCGUUGGUAAACUGUGAUAUUUCUUUUGAUGAUACAUAUUGAUAUUAAUUUUGGGUGUUCCCUGGUGUUGUGGAAACUAUUGUUGGUUAGCUCUUGUUUUGUGGUGUGAGUAUUGAUCAUUGUCUUAAAUUCAAUUCUUUGUUUGACAUCAUUUGGUGAUUACACCUGUCCACAACACCAAGAAACUGUCUUAAUUUUGAACAAGUUAUCAGGAAAAAUAAUCCAAACAAAUAUGCUACAUUGACAAAUUUGUGAAAUCCCUGCCUUACAUAUUCCUCUUCCAAGCUCUGCAUAUUUAUAGUCUUUGUAAGGUACUUUAUGGUGAAAAAGCAAACCAUCCCUGGCUCAUUUGCUUUUUGUCUUAUUCAAAGUGGCAGAAAAGAAGGCAAAUAAAUGCAUGCAUAGUCAUGUCAGUUGUUAGUUGUAAGUUGCACAGUCAUGUGUGUCCACAAGCAAAACAUGCUGUCGGUUGAACUUCACAAUUGGUCACUAUGCUCAUCACACACAGCAAUGUAUCAUAUCGUGUACUAUAUCAUGGCCUGUUUAUUGCAAUUUAUAUUGAAUUGUGGUAAAAUAGAGAGCUUUACAUUUUAGGGAGCGGGAUGACUACAAGGACAACACUGAACUUAAAUUUUUUUUUGUUUGUGUAUUCCCUAGAAACGGACACCCCAGAAAGCUUCAUUGUACUUUUUUUCACCGCAAUAGUUAGAAUGCUUAUUUCUAUUGAAGUCAGCUAAGCCCUCUCCUGAUUGCUGCACAGUAAAAUUUCUACAAUUUGUUAAAUUGUUUUCACCACUGCAACAUUCUUGCUAAAACUCAUGGUAGAAUGACAAUGGCUAUCACAUUUUCCUGCCAAGAUGCUGUUGGUUCAGCUGCGAGCACUAAACUUAGUGUUGGGAAAAUCUUGUACUCUUAGUCUUCCUCCUCUUAGUAGCUAAAGGGAUCUAACAUAACAUUGCAGCCCUACCAGGAAGUAGUUGAUUUACAUAUACAUGUACUGACCCAACAUAGUUGAAGUGUGAAGUUCCUGUUAAAUUCACAGUAAUGUGGGUAUCAAACAUGUAUUUACUUUAUUUCCAGGGCGUGGGAAGGAGGUAUGCCAACCUUGUUUGCAAGAAGGCUGAUGUUGACAUGAAGAAACGUGCAGGAGAACUUACAGAUGAUGAGGUAAAAUAAAUGAUUUAAUGAUCAUGUACCAGCAACAAGCCAUUGAAAUAUUGCGUCAACAUAAUCAUUUUCUUUGAAAUCUUUGAGCUAUAAAAGUUUCCUUUCUCAUUUAUUUUGGUGCUGUAAGCAUUGACCAUUAUGAUGCACUAUUUUUGCUCUGACAGGUGGAGCGUGUCAUUACUAUAAUGCAGAAUCCACGGCAGUACAAAAUCCCUGAUUGGUUCCUUAACAGGCAGAAGGACAUCAGAGAUGGCAAAUACUCACAGGUAUAGAAAUUAAUAUGAAAAAUUGGAGCAACCCUCCAAGUUGCUACCAUUUUAGGCAGCAUGGUCACUUAAAUUUAAAUACAAGUGAAGUUUAGCCUGUGUUGUAGAUGUACAGUACUAUCGUCUAACCUUGGUUAUAUGCAGUAGUGUCUGUGAAGCAGCACCAAGAUCUUUGUUCUGGGCUCCCUAAGGACUCGGUGAAUUACCAGAAGUACAUUUUAAGUUUUCUUUCAAACUGAUUGGCAAAUUGAAUAGAAUCAUGGCAUACACAGUUGGGGCCCAUUUAAAGGAUUUUAGGGCUGUUUCAUGGAUGGACAUAACUGUGAAUUAAUAAUUUUAGUUUUGUCUGUGGCGCAGGCUCAGAAAGUUAUUCUGAAACAUGAAAAACAUGAAUUCUAAUUGAUCAGAUGAGUGCGACAUCAAUAAUUAUUAUUAUUCUGGAUUUUUCUGCUAAAUCGAGCACUUGACAAAAUCCGAAAGCAUAGCUUUUUGAAAUACACAUCAAUGAAACCUGAGCUGAAACUUGCAGUUUUGUACUGAGUCUUUUGCCCAGCACAUGACAUUUUGAUCUUGUGAUGCAUGACAAUUUGCAUGCAAUCAAAUUACAGUAAACUUUGCUUGUCAUUUUCUUCAAAAACUAAGAAAUGCAUGUGUGGCCAAUCUCUGUGGGUACAUCUGUAGUCUUUGUAACUGGACUACACAUUUUAUAUACAUGUAUUUGGGAUUCACAUGUAGAGGGAACUAAUAACUGUAGACUUAAGUAACGUGAAAGCAAUGCAGUUGAACAUUUAGUAACUAAAAACUAUCAGCAUUUUGAGUUACUGUAAUUAUUGUUAGUGAUGAUAAAGUAAAAAAAUGGUUGUUAUCUCUCAAGUGGUAUUAUGGUUCAUGUUUCUUUCAGUGAAUUGUAAACCAAGUUUACAUUACCAAAAGUUUAUAGGAAAAUAUCUUUCACAAGAUACAUUUAUAACAAAAUUGUUUGGGUGCAAAUGAACUGAUAAGAAAUCUGUUACAUUUAACAGAUAUUGUUUUGGCUGUAUAUCCUGGCACUUAAAAUUAAUUCCAAAGAGUUUAUAAAUCGCCAAAUGGCCUCUGAAGAAAAAUAUUAACUUGGAAGGUUGUGAUGUAGUUAUUUUUAAAUGAUUUCAUAAACUGCGCUUAAGAGUGCAAUGCCUUGUUACCUUUAGAUACUUGCUAACAAUCUUGAAAGCAAACUUCGUGAAGAUCUUGAGAGACUGAAGAAGAUCCGUGCUCAUCGUGGUCUUCGUCAUUACUGGGGGUAAUUAUCUUCUUAUUAUUUGUAUUUUAAAUGAAAUGAUAUUAUGUGUGAAGAGAAGAACACAGAAAAAAAUUCUGAGUUCCAGAUGGGAAUUGAACCCACAACCUCCUGUACACUUGUUGGAUGCUCUAACCACAUUUUGCCACAGCAUUUUUAAACGUUUUAGCGGAGUUGUCACUAAGAUUUCACGUUGCCAGGUAAAUGCAACUUGAGGCAUGGAAUCAAAUAGCUGAGGAUUUAUUUUGGUUUUAUUUUUCUUCUAUUUUCCAAUGAACAUAGCCAGGGGAAAUCCCUUGUCCUCGGCCUCUUACUGACAGCCCUGAUAGAGUAACUUUUACAUAUUGUACACUGCAGCAUCUGAGAUCUAAAUAUUCUUCACAUCAUAUGAAAGCCAAAUUCAGUAAUUGUUCUAUUAUUCAUUCAAAAUGUUUCUUAAUUCUUUACCGCCUUGCCGCCUUGCCUCAAACAUUUGCCUGAUUCUCAUAACCAUAAUUUUACCUUUUUUUCAGUCUGCGUGUGCGAGGACAGCACACAAAGACCACUGGUCGCAAGGGCAGAACUGUUGGUGUUGCCAAGAAGAAGAACUAA